CCGCGUCCCUGGCGAGUUUUGAAUGCUGGAUCCUUUGGUGGGCGAUCUGGAAUGCGGGAUCGAAGCUCGAAUUCCAGCGAAUUCCCCAAGAACAAGGAGAAGAGAAGGAGAAGGAGAAGCUAGCUUGGAUUUCCAAGGCACUCACUCUUCUACUCGCUCACCAUCAUUCCUCUCAGUGACGACUACUACUACCGCCUCCACCAACAGGCGCAAUCGCGAGCGAGAAAUCUUCAAACUUGUGAUGGUGUGGAUGGGCGAUGGCGUCGCGAUCGCGUGGAUCGUCGCUUGGGCCCAAUUGGCCAACCUCCAGAAGGGAUCUCUCCUCCCAAUUCAUCGCGUUUUUCUAAUCCUCCCUUCCUCCUCCCUCCCCCUCUGCUCAUGCCCAUGUCCAUUUCGCUGGCCAUUCCACGCCGGAAUGUCCAGCGUCUCCGCGUAAAACCUCUCCUUUUCCCCCAUUUCCCGCCGGACGGAAUGUUCGUCUGCUGACACCCCAGUGUGACGGAAUGUCCGCCGCCGGACCUUUACCACUUUUACCGCCGGGUAACACAAACGGCCAAACGUGGGCU